AAAUACUUCAUGGUGAAGUACUUUGUGUGUUGUCCAAUUAUUAACUACUGUACUGAUAAGGCAGGAAGAGGAGACAGAAAGAAAUAGUAAGAGGGGAAGAAAAAGGAGAGUGAGAAGGAAAGAAGCAUAUCAGACAGAGAAGUUAAAUCAGCAAAGAAAAAGGAAGGACGUUGACUCAGCAGUUGCAGUUUGAGGGGAAGUGUGUGCUGAGGUUCUCAUUUUGUUUUUCUCCUGCAGUGGUUAAAUGUACACCAUUGAGGACACACAGGUGGCCAGGACCAUAGAGCUGAAUGAUGGCGCACGAAUGCCAGUUUUGGGUCUGGGGACAUGGAAGUCCUCCCAUCUUCCCCGCACCUCAGUCCAGGGUGCCGUAGAGGCUGCCAUUGCGGCUGGCUACCGUCACAUAGACACCGCUUACAGCUACAGCAAUGAGGUUGAUAUUGGCAAGGCUCUGCGCUCCAAGAUGCAGCAGGGCAUCAUCAGGCGCCAGGACAUGUUCAUUGUCAGUAAGCUGUGGUGUACCCAUCAUGCCCAAGGGGACAUCCCUGUGUGCCUGAAUAAGUCUCUGAAUGAUCUCCAGCUGGACUACCUGGAUCUUUACCUUGUUCAUUUCCCUGUUGGCCUAAAGAAAAUGGGUGAUGAGCUUUUCCCAAAGAAGGAUGGAAAGAUGCUGACCUCUGACAUAGACUAUAUAGAUGUAUGGAGGGGGAUGGAAGCCCUGCAAGCCUCAGGGAAGGUGAAGAGCAUCGGUGUGUCCAACUUCAACAUCCUGCAGCUGGAGAGACUUCUUGCUCUGUGCAGGGUGCCCCCUGCUGUCAAUCAGGUGGAGCUUCAUCCCUACUUGGUGCAGACAGAGAUGAUAGAGUUCUGUAAAUCCAAAGGCAUCACCCUGACUGCCUACAGCCCCUUUGGCUCACCUGCAAGACCCCCAGAGCUGUUCAGAGGAGACACUGAUCCACAUAAGCUCCUGGAGGACCCAGUUGUAGUAGAUAUAGCCAAGAAGCACAGACACAGCGCUGCACAGGUAUUGCUGAGGUACCAUGUGCAGCAGGGUAUUACAGUCAUCCCUAAGAGUGACAAGCCUCACCACAUCCUUGAAAACACAAAGAUCUUUGACUUCAGUCUGACUGAAGAAGACAUGAGAGAACUGAGAGGACUGGACCGAGGGUGGAGGGCCUGUAUGCUUGACAAAAUAAAGUCUCAUCCGUACUACCCCUUUGUAUGAGGCUGCCAGGAGAGUGGCGAGAAAAGACUAAUACCAUAAACAUCAACCAGACCAGCUACAAUCAGUCUACCUGUAGUAUCACACACUUGUUUAAUGAUGAAUGUGAAGGUGAAGACAAAUCUGAAGACUCUGAACAAGAUUCAGUCUGCAAAUAUGAAUGUAAUGAAUGCGGCCAACAAAUAUCAGCGCACUGAUAAGCUCUUUUCUAUUCUGCUGAAAACUGAGAUGCUUACUUUACCAAUGUUUCCCUGUUAUGAAUAAAAUACUGUAUGUUUGUUUACACAAUCACUAGAUUAGUUUUUAAUUUGACAAGUUAAGACUUACAAAUGCACAGUCCAACAAAUAAUUCUGAAACACUUAUUACAAUAUACAAUACUUAUAAUUUCAUUAGAUACACUCUCUGUAUAUGUGUGUGUUUUGGUAGGCAUUGCUGGAUGGACCUUAAUAAAGCAUGUAACAAUUUA